CCUCUUCAUACCCCCACUCAAGAUCAUUAUCCUCUUUACUAUCUGUACUCAUAGAAAAUCAUUAAAUUCAUAUAAAGCUGUAACAAUAGAAGCAUUAAAAUAAAGAAAAAUCAAAGCCUUUUUCUUAAUUUGCGCAUCAACAUGCCAGAAAAUAUACGGGUAGAUCAAAAACCAACAGUCUCAGAAAAAUAUGAAGUCCACCAUCAUUCAUAUGCAAAUUCGGCAGACACCAUAGCCGAAGGUGAUGUUGGUGUACAGGGUAGUUAUGGCGAAACUGAAGUAAAUGCUGUCAAUAUCGAAGCUGCCAUGGAUCAAUAUGAAGAACUCAAGAGAGAAUUAACCACACUUAGUCACAAAACAAGCCAUAGCGGAAAACUCGAAGAAGGAAAUGCAGUAUCAGAUGCAUUUGAUCUUGACGAGUUUCUACAUGGUGUCUCUUCCGAAGCUGAUAAAGCCGGCCACACAAAGAAGCAUCUCGGUGUCGUCUGGAAGAAUUUGCUUGUAAAGGGUGUUGCUGCUGAGGCCAAUACUAUUGCAACUGUCGCUAGUUUUCCACUCGGAUUUCUCCGCUUGUUGAUAUCCUUUGUGAUCAAGUCAAAAGUUCCAGAGAGAACCAUCCUUCGAAGUCUCACAGGUUUCUGCAAAGAUGGCCAAAUGUUGCUUAUCCUUGGUCGUCCCGGUGCUGGAUGCACUACCCUUCUCAAGAUCAUUUCCAACUUGCGCAAGUCAUACACCACCAUUGAGGGUCAGGUGUCUUACGGAGGUAUUGAUCCAGUAACAUUCGCCAACCACUACCGUGGCCAGGUCUGCUACAAUGAAGAAGAAGAUCAGCACUAUCCCACACUUACUGCCAAACAAACUCUUCAAUUCGCACUGCGUACAAAGACUCCGGGAUCAAGACUGCCCGACGAAACUAGACAUGACUUUGUGAACCGGGUUCUCUACAUGCUCGGUAACAUGCUUGGUCUAACCAAACAGAUGGAAACAAUGGUCGGAAAUGCCUUUGUACGAGGUCUUUCCGGUGGUGAGCGCAAACGUCUCUCAAUUGCCGAACAAAUGACAACCGCCAGUACAAUCAAUUGCUGGGAUUGCUCUACCCGUGGUCUCGACGCUGCCUCUGCCCUCGAUUUUGUCCGAUCUCUUCGCAUCAUGACAGACGUUCUUCACAAGACAACUGUAGCAACAUUCUACCAGGCUUCCAACAGCAUCUUCAACCUCUUUGACAACAUCAUUCUCUUGGACGACGGUUAUUGUCUUUACUUUGGUCCUGUAGAACAAGCCAAGCCUUACUUUGAAAAAAUGGGAUUCUUUUGUCCUCCUCGAAAAUCUACCCCCGACUUUUUAACUGGUAUCUGUAAUCCACUCGAAAGAGAAUUCCAGCCUGGAUACGAAAAAUCUGUCCCACAAUUUGCACACGAGUUCCAAGACCGUUACCUAGCGUCUGACAUAUACCGAUCCAUGAUGACUGAGUUGGAAGAUUACGAGAACAAAUUCACAAACGACAGCCAAGCACAAGUAUUCAAACAAGCCAUGAAUGAGGAACACCAAAAACGUGCUUCAAACAAGGGUCCCUUUAUUGCAUCAUUUUACCAACAGGUCCAUGCCCUCUUGAUCCGUCAGUACCACCUGAUCAUCAAAGAUCAGCAAGCUCUCUUUUCUCGAUACGGCACUAUCCUUAUCCAGUCUCUCAUCACGGCCUCUUGUUUCUUCAAGCUUCCCCUGAGUGGUACCGGCUCGUUCUCUCGCGGUGGUGCUCUGUUCUUUGCUGUCAUCUUCAAUUCUUUUAUCGCACAGAGUGAACUUGUUCGAUUCUUGAUGGGCCGUCCUGUUCUUGAGAAACAUAAGCAAUAUGCUCUCUAUAGACCUUCUGCAUUUUACAUUGCGCAAAUGAUUAUGGAUAUUCCUUAUGCAAUUCUUCAAGUUACUCUAUAUUCUGUUUGCUCUUACUUUAUGAUUGGCCUCAACUUGACAGCCGGAAAGUUCUUUACUUUCUACCUCUUGUUGUUUUUUAUCAACAUGACUAUGAACGGUUUCUUCCGUAUUUUUGGUGCAAUUACCAGAAGUUUCUUUGUGGCCACCCAAUUAUCUGGUGUUGUGCUUGUUUCAGCAAUUACCUAUGUUGGUUACACCAUCCCAUACCCAAAAAUGCAUCCCUGGUUGUACUGGCUUUACUGGGCUAAUCCUUUGUCCUAUGGAUACAAGGCCUUAUUGGUUAAUGAAAUGAACGGCCAGGAGUACACUUGUGAAGGUCCCGGAAACGCUGUUCCCUAUGGACCUGGUUAUGACAACUGGGACUACAAGGUCUGCACUAUGACUGGUGGUGUCCCCGGUCAGAACUACGUCAAGGGUGAAGAUUACCUCCUCAAAGCACUUACAUACAGAUCCUGGGAAGCCUGGGCGCCGGAUUUUAUUGUCGUCGUUGCCUUCUUCCUCCUGUUUACUCUUAUGUGUGCUCUUGCUAUGGAAUACAUUGACUCUAGUGGUGGUGGAAACACUACCAAGUUUUACAUUCCCGGAAAGGCCCCCAAGCCUCGCACUGAUGAAGAAGAAAACGAGCGUCGCAGACGUCUUGCCAAGAUCACUGACGAAAUGGACGAAAUUUCUACCGGCACUACCUUUUCAUGGCAGAAUGUCAACUAUACAGUUCCAAUUCCAGGUGGCAGCUUGCAGCUUCUCGACGGCAUCAAUGGUAUUGUCAAACCCGGUCAUCUUACCGCUCUCAUGGGAUCCUCUGGUGCAGGAAAGACCACUCUUUUGGAUGUCUUGGCUCGUCGUAAGACCACCGGUGUGGUCGAAGGCAGUAUUUUCCUCAACGGUGAAGCGCUUAUGAACGACUUUGAACGUAUUACCGGCUACUGUGAGCAGAUGGAUAUUCACCAGCCUGCUGUUACUGUUCGUGAAGCUCUCCGUUUCUCUGCCCAACUUCGCCAAGACGAAUCUGUUCCAAAGGCCGAAAAAGAUGAAUAUGUCGAAAAAAUUAUUCAAUUACUCGAGAUGGAAGACAUCGCCGAUGCUCAGAUCGGUAUGGUUGAACAUGGCGCCGGUAUUUCUGUUGAAGAACGAAAGCGUCUUACCAUCGGUAUGGAAUUGGUCGGCAAGCCCCAGCUUUUGUUUUUGGAUGAACCCACCUCUGGUCUUGAUGCCCAAAGCUCUUACAACAUCAUUCGUUUUAUCCGCAAACUUGCUGAUGCCGGUUGGCCCGUUCUCUGUACUAUCCAUCAGCCUUCUGCCAUCCUUUUCGGUCACUUUGAUCAUCUCUUGCUACUCGUUCGUGGUGGAAAGACUGCCUACUAUGGCGAGAUUGGUCCUGAUGCUCACACUAUGAUUAACUAUUUCCAGUCUAAUGGUGGCCCCAUCUGUCCUCCUGCAGCCAACCCUGCCGAGUACAUUCUUGAGGUUGUUGGCGCCGGAACUGCCGGAAAGGCUACACGCGACUGGUCCGAAGUCUGGGCAGGAUCCAAAGAGGCCAAGGCUCUUGAGAACGAACUUGCGGAUAUCGACCGCUCUGCCAAUAAGAACCCUACCCGAGAGGCCCGUACCUAUGCUGCUUCUCACUGGACCCAGUUCAAGCUUGUUCACAACAGAAUGGCUCUAGCAUACUGGCGCUCACCCGAUUACAACUUUGGUCGUUUCUUGAACAUUGUCUUGACUGCUCUCAUUAACGGUUUUACUUACUGGAAGCUUGGAUCGUCUUCAUCGGAUAUGCAGAAUAAGCUCUUUGCUCUCUUCAGUACCUUUAUUAUGGCUAUGACCUUGAUUAUUCUCUCUCAGCCCAAGUUUAUGGUAGAACGUCUUUUCUUCCGCCGUGAAUAUGCAUCUCGCUAUUACAGCUGGCUUCCGUGGGGUGUGUCGACUGUCUUGGUUGAGAUUCCUUAUGUGUUUGUAUUUGCUGCCUUCUUCUUGUUCUGCUUCUACUGGACCACUGGCAUGACCAACACUGCCGAGGCUGGAGGUUACUUUUACAUUAUGCUUGUAUUCCUUGUUCUCUGGGCUGUCACUCUUGGUUUCGUUAUUGCUGCCGCCUCUGAGCUUCCUACCAUGGCUGCCGUUAUUAAUCCUCUGGUCAUGUCUUUGCUCAUUCUUUUCUGCGGUCUCAUGCAGCCCGAGUCUGCUAUGCCGACUUUCUGGAGAAGAUGGAUGUACUGGAUCGAUCCGUUCCACUACUAUGUUGAAGGUCUUGCGGUAAACGAACUUGAACAUCUGACGGUUGUGUGCACAGACGACAAUCUCCUCAAGUUCACUCCUCCCCCUGGUCAGACCUGCGGUCAAUAUAUGACCAACUACUUCUCAUAUGGAGGACUAGGUUAUAUCGCUAACCCUGAUGCUGUCCAGCCUGAACAGUGCGGUUACUGUACUUACAGCUCAGGCGAGCAGUAUUACUCGGCUGUUUAUGGCUGGAGUGCUUCUCACAAGUGGCGUAACUUUGGUAUCAUUAUCUGUUUCUUUGCAUUUAAUACCAUUGUGUUCCUUUUGUUGGUUUUCUGGAGAAGAAGAGGAAGACGAUAAAUAUAUAUAUAUAGACGAGGCGCAUAUGGGUGUAUUUAUGUAUUAAAAACAUAUCUAAUUAGUAUUUUCUUUCUUCCUAUAUUUUCAUACAUGCAAUGUAAUGUAAUGUAUAUAUUUAUUACAUUAUACUACUACUAUUAUUCUUAUUAUCAUCAUUUUCUCUCUCUUUUUAUUAUUCUAUACUUCUCUAAAGUAACCUAAAGGUCUUAAUUGUACUAUCUUUCUAUACCUGUAAACAUUUUAAUGUUAUAAUAAAAAAUUAUUUAUCAU